GGAGUACUCCAUAGCCCGCGUCCAGCAGCCAACCACUGUAGUUACACUUACACUACAGCGACAUCGGCGCACGUGUAAAUUACAACAGCUCCCGUCUGUGCCAAAAGUGACGAAAUACUUCCCGUCCCACGCCAGAAAAAAAGUUCCCAUUCCCGUCAACACCAACAUCACCUGUAAACCAUAACCGGGCAGGACAGCGAUCAUGGCGUCGACAACUCAAACAGGCGAAAAGAAGAAGCAGCCCAGUCCCUUGCGAUCCAUCAUCGCUGGAUCGACUGCCGGCGCCAUUGAGAUUGCUAUUACCUACCCCGCUGAGUUUGCAAAGACAAGGUCGCAGUUGAACAGACGGUUAGCUGAAGGACAGAAGCUCCCUUGGCCGCCAUUCGGCAAGCAGUGGUAUGCUGGAUGCACCACUCUCAUCAUUGGCAACGCAGCCAAGGCUGGAAUCCGAUUCGUUGCGUUUGAUCAGUACAAGGCGCUUCUAGUCGACGAGAAUGGCAAUCUUUCUGGACCUCGAACUGUCCUUGCUGGUUUCGGUGCUGGAGUCACAGAGUCAUUGCUUGCUGUGACUCCCACCGAGAGUAUCAAGACCACUCUUAUCGACGACCGCAAGUCCGCUAAGCCUCGAAUGCGCGGCUUCCUCCACGCCGUCCCCAUUAUCGCCCGUGAGCGUGGUCUCCGAGGUUUCUUCCAAGGUUUCGUCCCCACGACCGCUCGACAAGCUGCCAACAGCGCAACACGCUUCACCGCCUAUAAUUUCUUCAAGCAAAUGGCCGAGUCAUACACAGCACCUGGCGAGAAGCUCGGUGCCGUUGGAACUUUUGCAAUUGGUGGUUUGGCCGGUCUGAUCACCGUAUAUGUGACGCAACCGCUUGAUACUAUCAAGACACGCAUGCAGAGUAUCGAGGCGAAGAAGACAUAUGGCAAUAGCUUCAAGUGCGCGACGACUAUCUUCAAGCAGGAGGGUGUCUUGACGUUCUGGAGCGGUGCGCUGCCAAGAUUGGCGAGGUUGGUAGUCUCGGGAGGAUUGGUGUUUACUGCAUAUGAGCAGAUCCAAGUGUGGUUUAACAAGAUAGAUCCGGAUGAGAAGUACAUCUAGACAGGGCUGAGCGAUCUAGAGGGCGUUGAAUAUGGGCACAUGAGCAAAUACGGGGAAUCGCUUUUGAUACAAUGUACAAGUACAAUACAU